AUGUAUGCGCCUUUUAUGGCAAUGAGUACCAAAUUCAUUAAGAAAAGGUUGGGUAUAAGAGACCAGAGACAGAUCAUGGAACAAUUUGUCAAGAAGAAUGUCUCUAGCAGCAGCAAAUUAAUCUCAUCCUUUAUCUAUGGAUUUUUGGAAAUGCAGGCAGGACAUGGAUCAAGUGUAGCUCUAAAUAGAUAUGAGAAAACUAAUAGCAGAGAAUAUGACAACGUAUUGUUGAGGACCAGCAAUUAA